AUGUCUGACCUCCCCAACAAGUCAGCAGCAAAUGCUGUCGACGAACAAGCAUACGAGCGAGCUCAAGAAGUCAUCGCCGAAAGGCCCAAGAGGAAAUGGCAGAGCCUGAUUUGGGAUUCAUUUAACAAAAGCCCGGAGGAGAGAAAGUUCUUAUUCAAGAUCGAUACUGCUUUGCUUACUCUGGCCUCCCUUGGUUACUUCAUCAAAUACUUGGACCAGUCAAACAUCAAUAAUGCGUUUGAANNAGAAGAUCUGGGUCUGUACGGCAACCAACUCAACUACAUGCAAACGUGCUGGACAGUUGGAUAUGUCAUCGGCGAGAUCCCGUCUAAUAUAGCCCUCACUAAGAUACGUCCUAAGUACUGGCUUCCGGCUCUUGAGCUUUAUGUCAUUCGCUUCUUCGUAGGCCUGGCAGAAUCAGCAUUUUAUCCUGGCAUGCAGUACAUCAUCGGCUCUUGGUAUCGCAAAGAUGAACUCGCGAAGAGAUCCUGUAUCUUCCACACAAGCAGUGCUAUUGCCACCAUGUUCAGCGGUUACCUCAUGGCCGCAGUCUAUCACCUCGGAGGCACUGACCAAACCCAGNNGCUCUUCAUCGUCGACGGCAUAAUCUCCUUGCCAAUCUGCAUAGCCGGCUUCAUCUUCCUCCCCGACGUCCCAGAGAUCUGCACAGCCUUCUACCUCACAAAAGAAGAAAUCGCCUUUGCGCAAAAACGCAUGCAAAUCGAAGGACGUCGUGAACGCCAACCCUACACGCGCUCCAAAAUCUGGAAGAUCUUUAGUUCAUGGCAUAUCUACAUGCUAACUUUACUCUACAUCUUCUUUAACAAUGCAUCGGCCAAUGCGCAACCCAUCUUCCAGCAGUUUUUGAAAAAGUCGACGGAGCCGAGGUAUACGAUUACGCAGAUUAAUGCUUAUCCGACGACGACUAAUGCUGUUGCUGUGGUUACGACGUUGGUUUAUGCGUGGACUAGUGAUGGUUUGUUCAAGGGAGCAAGAUGGCCGCCGAUGAUUUUUGGUGCGUGUAUGAAUGUUAUGUGCUAUGUGUCAUUGGCCAUUUGGGACGUUCCUGUUGGGUGGAAGUGGGCUUGUUAUAUUCUGACUGGGUGUGGAAAUGGGUUGAGUGGGUUGAUCUUUGCGUAA